AUGGGCAAAAAAGUCGUGAAUGUUGAGAAAACUCACGAGGCCGGGCGGAAUGACUUCGAAGACAUAUCUCUUGACCCCGAUGUCUCGUCCUUCAGAGGACGUGACGACGAUCGUGUGGUUGAGCUGAUGGAGGUGUUUCGGUCGGGCCAGUACGACAUGUCAUUGCUGUCGCGGCCACAAGUGCUUGUGGAUGGGGCUGGAAAAGAUCUGGUGGAUGCCAACGGAUUGUGUCUUUUGGCCGACGGGAUUGAGUUGCAGAAUUUCUACGAUUGUGACGAGACUGUGGCUGACCCGAACGUGUCUAUGCCAGACAGCUUGUCCAAGAUUUACGAACAAGGUCUCCUCGUCGAUUUAGUCACUUUUCCAGUGUAUGACCGCGAUUCCCAUGUUGGUUGGCAGACACUGCGGCAUGAUGAGUCACAGAACAAGUUCAGAAUGAGCAGCGUUUGGCAGAAGCUCGACGUGGUGGCUAGGUUUAGCAGAAGGGUGACUGGCGCCGACCCGGAGCUGAUUCGGAAAUCACUUCUGAAGCUCUAUGGCAACUCCAAGAAGACCGUUGUGAACAGGUGGAUGCGGUCAUACGCAAGUUUGCCGACUAAGGUCUUGGAGCACCUGCGUACCUUGCGGACUGUGCCUGACGUCUGGGUGUUUGACAAUGUUUUCUUUCUUGGGCCAGGCCAGCAGAAGCUGAAGGCCGACGACGCCAUCCGUGUCUUGAACAUGGCCGUGAAGAUGCGAGAGGAUGGGGCCGAGAUUUCAGAAAACAUUCUAAAGUCCCAGAUAUGCCCAGCCAUGCUGUCCAAAAGUGCUUGGGUGAAGACCAUGCACUCAACUUUUGGUGGCUGCGCGAAAAGCAGUGCCGCAAUGGUCCGAGUGACUGCAAUGUUAGAGACGCGGUCCGGGCUGAACAAAGUGCUUGCGUGCAUGGCAAGCAAUGUUCCAUUGCACGGGGUCUCCGACGAGAACCCGGGGAUUCACGAGUGUACUCUCUACCUGGAGUUCCAGAAGCAGAAGGCCGGCGGGCCUGGCACUGUGGAUGCUGUCAGCUCACAGGGCGAUGAUCCAGUGGCUUCGUUGGCGUCUGUGCCUGACAGCACCGCUGCUGCGGCGAGCAUUGACGGUUCGCAGACAGCAGAGGACAUGAAGGUGGAUUUUAUGGAUCCAGUCGAAAAGCAGGCACAGGAGACGCUUCUCAAGAACAUGGACAAGGUGCACCGCUUCGUGGGUGCGAACGCGGUGUCUGAUCUGAAAAAGACUGUGCCUGGCUACCUGACCCCGCAGCAGCGUACAUGCUUCCUGCUGGAUUCACCAACCAGCAGAGCCAAAGUUGGCUCGAGCUUUGUGCAAGUUGUCAAGGAGGUGGUUGACAACAACAAGCUCAGCCAGUUCAGCAUCGCGGUUCUUUGCGGGUGCCGAUUGGACUACAUGAGUGUGCUUCAGGCGAAACGGGCUGCGACGUUUCCGAGUGCCUGCAUCUUCGUGACUGCGCUCACUGCUGGAGCUGAUGUUCAAAGUGACAAAAGGCGCAUGAAUUUCGCCUUAGUGCUUCACCAAGGCACAACUGACUUGCCGGCAACGCCUACCAUGGUGCCUGCGCUGAGAGGGCGUGCCAAAGCCUGGGAAGGCAUUCGCCUUCGGUGCCUGAGUUUGAGUUGCCCCCUUCGUGACUUAAAGGAACAGGAAAGGGCAAAGCAGGUGUCUGAGGACUCGAAGGUGCCUGUGAAGCCGGGUGAUACCCGCGCAGAUCCCACAAAGUGCGAGCUUGAUCCGGAUGAUUGUGAAGGGCAGGGGCAGGACGAGGCGAUGAGUGAAGAAGAGGACACGGAUCCUGCGCCACUCAACCUGGGUGCCUCGUUCCAACAGCGUGACUUCUUGGUGGACCUCUUUACCUUUGCCAAGAGCGCCUCCUUCUACACGCCUAUCCUUCAGUGCCUGCUGUGUGUGUCUCGGUCCGUGACGACGGUCAUCUUGACAACCACGGCACACCCAGGCUCCAGCGUGGCUGCGCGGUUGCUUGGUCAAGAGGUCUUCGCGUGUCUGCCAACUGUGACUUCGCAUGCGUCCUUGCAUGGCAUGAAGUUGCAGGAGGAGAUGUUUUACCGGAGUGCGUUGGCUGAAGCCCGCGUGACUGCGGAUGCCGGGGACCGCAAACGCUCCCAUGUGUCUGCAGCCAUCCAGUUGAUUGAAGGAGGUUGCGUGCCUGACAGUGAUGUGUUUGACUUGACUGAUGUCGAACCCCCGGAGACUGAUUCCUUUGCGGGCCUGGACGUCUUUCACGGUGCUUUGGAUACGAGAGUUCCGUUGCUACUACAGAAGGAACUCAGUGACUCCAACCUGUGCCUGGACUUGCACCAGUCCUUUGGGCGUGGCUUGGUGACUGGUAAGCCGUUGGCCGAGGGUGAAAUCAUAUGCACCGCUACGGCGGCCAAGUUCACCUGUUACGAGGCCUUGGCGAAGUUCCUGCGCUUGCCUGGGCAUGGUUUCCUCGCUGACGGUGUGGUCAAGGUUGACAAUGCCAGAGUGAAGGGAUCACGUGCCUCCGUGUACUGUGUCUUGCUGGGUGCUGCGAGAUACGUGCAACACUUUCAAGGCAUUCGCAAGCAGCCGAACUGUGCCUGGCAAGUGGACAGUGCCUGCGGAAGUGGCAGUGGCUACCUCAAGCUUGUGGUUCGCACCCACAACGGUGCAGGCGUGGCUCGCAACAGUCAACUGUGCACCAACUACGGUUUGGCGUUCGACUUCGCCCAAGCCGCAGAGAUGUUUGAAGACGAUCGUGUCAAACGAUUCCGUGGUGCACUUGACGCCGUUCUUUCCAAGAGCCAAAGCCAGGUGCAGAUCGCGGAGAACAUCACUGACUUCAAGUUCCUGCUGCGCAUGACACCUGCAAGCUUCGUGCUUGUGUCUGGGGAGGUGCAAAACCGUCGGCUUGCUCCUCGCACAUGCCUGUGGUGGACACGCUCAGCUGUUUUGGAACGCGGGGACUCAAAUUCACCUUUUGCUGUCCACUUCAAGCGAAGCAGUGACUGGGUGUUCUACUACAAGGGCAAGGACCAGGCUUUCGGCGUCGCGCAGCUGAAAGACUUGAUCCAGGAGAAGAGCGUGGCGAGCAUCCCUGGGCAUGGCAGCUGGCCAGCGGGACAGUGCCCUCCCACUUUCAAUAUGGAGAAGACAACCUUGUGUCUGAAGUGCAAAGAUCCCGCCGAUGAGAAGAUCCUUCAGACGGCCAGCAAGUGCAGCACUGUGUCUCUCAUGUGGAUCAUGAAAGCAGCUUCUGAGCAGGAGCUUGCAGUGUAUGGCGUCGCCCUGGCCAACAACAAGCAGAUGAUUGUGAUGCCGGACCGCAACGUGCUGAGCUGA